CUUUCCAUAUCUCUAACACCACCAUCUGCAUUCAUAUAUACAACCCCUUCUCCACCAUUCUUAAUCUUUAUUCUGAAUCAUAAAUAAAUGACGAGGCUUUUUAGAUCCAAAUCAUGCGGCGGAGCCCCUCAACCCACCGAUGAACAUAAAGAUGAAGACGAAGAGGAAGACGACGUUGACUAUUUGUAUCACGACGACUAUUCCUACUUCCACAACACCCCAAUUACUACCCCUUUCAUUAGCCCUGACCAUCGUUCAUCCCCACAAUCUCCUAAUUUUACAAUUCUAGCCAUCUUGUUGAAGUCUCUUGUCACUUGCACUCUCAACGAGGAUGUUUCCUCUUCCUCUUCCUCUUCCUCUUCCUCUUCCACCUUGGAUAUUGGCUGUCCCACCGAUGUCCAUCAUGUCUCUCAUGUAACAUUUGAUCGUUUUAAUGGCUUCCUCGGAUUGCCUCUUGAGCUUCAACCUGACGUCCCCCCAAAGCCUCCCAGCGCAAGCACAAGUGUGUUUGGAGUGUCUGCGGAGUCGAUGCAAUGUUCAUAUGAUGAUAGAGGGAACAGUGUGCCGACUAUACUCCUGAUGAUGCAAAAGCGUUUAUAUGCAGGAGGCGGCCUUCAAGCAGAAGGGAUAUUUCGAAUAAAUGCAGAAAACAGUCAAGAGGAGGAUGUUAGGAAGCAACUUAACAGAGGGUUUGUCCCCCAUGGGAUAGAUGUGCAUUGUUUGGCUGGCUUGAUUAAGGCAUGGUUUAGAGAACUUCCUAGGGGUGUUCUUGAUUCUUUGACCCCAGAGCAGGUAAUGCAUUGCAACACAGAAGAGGAAUGUAGCAGGCUUGUCAAGUCCCUUCCUCAAACUGAGGCUGCACUUCUUAAUUGGGCCAUUAAUUUAAUGGCAGAUGUUGUCAAGUAUGAAUCUGAAAACAAGAUGAACGCAAGAAACAUAGCUAUGGUGUUUGCUCCCAACAUGACUCAGAUGGCGGAUCCUUUGACUGCGUUGAUUCAUGCAGUUCAGGUGAUGAACUUUCUGAAAACCCUUGUAGUGAAAACUCUGAAUGAAAGAGAGAAUGGAUAUGGUGAGAGGAGAUUACAACAUUCUCGUUCGUUUAGCAGUGAGAACUCAUUGAACAGAGUGGGAAGUGAUGAAAAAGAGAAGUUUUGGAGCUUUCCAAGAAAGAGUGAAUCGAUAGUAGGAUCAUGUAAUGAAUCAUCAGCAAAAGAAGAAGAGGAGGAGGAAAGUAAUAGUAAUAGUAAUAGUAACAGGGGAAUAUUGGAAAGGUUAAGUUUGAGAAAGGGAGUAAUUAGGAAAUUAUGCAGGUUUCAUCAGGUUGGUAAGAAGAAGAGUUCUUCUUCAAGUGGCAUUAAUGUAGUAGUAGUAGAUUCAAGGGGUUCAUGUGCAUGACUAGUUAGUUUAAAUAAUUUUUUAACUUUCUUAAUUAAUUAUGUGAGAUUGAUGGGUGGUUGUAAGCAGCAACAGCAACAGCUAGCCAGCAUCUGUAGAUUGAUUGAUUUGGUUUGGUUUGGUUUGGUUUGGUUUGGCUUGGUUAAUAUAUAUGUUGUUUAUUAUAGUAGUAACUGAUUAACGAUUGUAAGCACCAUAUGGUUCUUAUUUUUCUUUUCUUUGGAUUGAAUGAAAUGUAAGUUUCAAAUUU